AUGCCUGCAGCGCUGGAAGAUCGGGAGAAUCAUAUCAAUAUUCCUAUAAUUGAGGACCUGGAGCCAAAUGUGAACCAAAAUGGGACGCCUGGGCAAAAAAUCAUUACUAAAGACCCGGUCAAGCAACUGCAUGGAGCUUCUGUCAGCUUCCACAACAUCCAGUACAGUGUGAAGCUGAAAAGCGGACCCUGUAAGAGGAACGUCAUUACCAAAAACAUCCUGGUGAACCUCAAUGGAAUCAUGAAACCUGGUUUAAAUGCCAUCAUGGGCCCUACAGGAGGUGGCAAAUCUUCUUUUUUGGACGUGCUUGCAGCCAGGAAGGAUCCCUCAGGUCUUACUGGUGAAGUCCUGAUCGAUGGAGCUCCACAGCCAUCCAAUUUCAAAUGUCUCUCUGGCUACGUUGUGCAGGACGAUGUGUUGAUGGGCACUCUGACAGUGCGGGAGAAUCUGCGUUUUUCGGCUGCACUGCGACUCUCCUCCUCCGUGAGUAAUAAGGAGAAGGAAGCCAGAGUCAGUCACCUCAUCACAGAGCUCGGCCUCACCAAAGUGGCUGAUUCAAAAGUAGGAACUCAGUUGAUCCGGGGCGUCUCCGGAGGUGAGCGGAAGAGAACCAGCAUUGGCAUGGAGAUGAUCAUAGAUCCAUCAGUGCUGUUCCUGGAUGAACCCACCACCGGCCUGGAUGCCAGCACUGCCAACUCUGUGCUGCUGCUUCUCAAACGAAUGGCCAAUAAUGGGCGUACAGUCAUCCUGUCCAUUCAUCAGCCACGCUACUCCAUCUAUCGGCUAUUUGACAGUCUCACGCUACUGGUCAAUGGCAAGCUGGUCUACCAUGGACCAGCCCAGAAUGCACUGGAAUACUUUUCCGACAUUGGAUAUACAUGUGAAGCUCAUAACAAUCCAGCCGAUUUCUUCCUCGAUGUAAUAAAUGGAGACUCCACAGCUCUGAGCAUGUCCAUGCUGCAGGACAAAGAAGAGGUUAUAGAGCUUGAUGAGUCUGGAAGCACCAGCCAGAGCACUGAAGCGCAUCUGGUGGAGGAGUACAAGAAGAGCAACUAUGCUCAAGAGACCAAAGCUGAACUGGAGCGAAUAAUGCGGGGCAAAGAGUACACCACCAAGCCCAAGUCCCGCACCAUCACAUACAACUGCAACUUCUUCACACAGAUGUACUGGGUUCUAAAGAGAACUUUCCGGAACCUAAUGCUAAACCCUCAGACCUCUAUUGCACAGUUGGGAGUCACAAUCUUCCUAGCCCUCAUUGUUGGUGCCAUCUUCUUUGGAGUGAAGGAAAACCAGAGGGGCAUACAGAACAGAUUUGGUGCUCUGUUCUUCAUCACGACCAAUCAGUGUUUCAGUUCACUCUCUGCUGCGGAGCUUUUUAUCACUGAGAGAAAACUUUUCAUACAUGAAUAUACCAGCGGCUACUACAGACUGUCUGUUUACUUCCUGUCUAAGAUCUUCUCAGACAUAAUCACCCUGCGUACAAUCCCUGCAGUAGUCUUCACCUGUAUCUCCUAUUUUAUGAUCGGAUUUAAAGCCACGGCAGAAGCAUUCUUCAUCUUCAUGUUUACAGUGGUGCUGGUGGCGUACACAGCCACAUCUAUGACCAUGGCCAUCUCCGCUGACCAGACUGUAGUGGCCAUCGCCAACAUCUUCAUGACUAUCGCCUUCGUCUUUAUGAUGAUCUUCUCUGGUCUGCUGGUGAACCUGGAGAGUGUCAUGGCCUGGCUCAACUGGCUCAAGUACUUCAGUAUCCCACGCUAUGGACUCACGGCUUUGCAGAUUGUUGAGUUUGUGGGACUGACGUUCUGUGACAACAUCCCCAUAUCCAACAUCACUCAAGGAAUCACGUGCACAGGAGAGCAGCAUCUAAAGAACCAGGGAAUCAACUACUCCACCUGGGGCUUAUGGCAGAACCACCUGGCUCUGAUCAUCAUGACCAUCCUUUUUCUUCUCAUCGCCUACAUCAAGCUCAUGUUCAUCCGCAAGUUUUCUUAA